AAAUGCCUUCUUCAUUUCUCUUGGCCAUUUCCUUCUCCAGAAGAGUCAGGAAUUGGGGGUUGCAGAGCUGGAGGGGCUGUGGGAUGUGGAAUGUGCUCCAUAAUCUCAGGCCUCUGAGAUGAGGCAAAGAGGACAUCUUUCCUGAGGAUUGUCCCUUAAAGAAGCUGAUUCUUUCUGGGGAAACGGCUCAGUUGGCCCCAUUGUGCUUGGGCAAGCUAAACCCACAAGUAAUAACCCUCCCUAGGACAUGCUGAUUAGAUAAAACAAUAAGAAUUGAGGAAGACAAAGACAUUAGAUUUAAAAACUUAAAUCAAAUGUUACUUUUACGGUGUCUGUGAAUAGACAAAGACUUUUUGGUUCUAAAAUAGUUGGUUGGUGAGGUAAUAGAGGAGGGGCUAUGUUAAUAGCAGAGGUAGAAAAAAAGGAGAGGUGGGUGGGUUCCAAAGGCAAGGCCCACCCUAAAGGAUUGGAUUCAACGGUGGCAGUGGCAGCGGAGCAACCAGUUACUGCACUACUGCACGCGGUGAUGAAGGUGGAAGAAGAGAAGACUGGGGUAGGGAAGCUGGACCCUGCUAACUACAGGAGGAGAUGUCAGGAUCAGGAAGACUGCCGCUCCAUCCACAUUGGGCUUUCAGUCCCCAGUUACCCUCAAAGGAAAAGAGACACCCAGGGACGUCUUCCAGGCCUACAAAAGGUCUGCUGGGGCCUGCGGCCAGACAAGCCACCACAGGAACUGACUGGCGUGGGCAGCAGGGGAAGCAGCCGGAAUAGCAACAUGCAUCAUGUCAGCAGGACUCGGUCUCCAGCUGCUGAGCAGCUCCAGGACAUCCUGGGGGAGGAAGAUGAGGCUCCCAACCCCACCCUCUUCACAGAGAUGGACACCCUGCAGCAUGACGGAGACCAGAUGGAGUGGAAGGAGUCAGCCAGGUGGAUAAAGUUUGAAGAAAAGGUAGAGGAAGGAGGCGAACGCUGGAGCAAGCCGCACGUGUCUACACUGUCACUGCACAGCCUCUUCGAGCUGCGGACCUGCUUGCAGACGGGGACGGUCCUGCUGGAUCUGGACAGCGGCUCCUUACCACAGAUCAUAGAUGAUGUCAUUGAGAAGCAAAUCGAGGAUGGCCUCCUGCGGCCCGAGCUCCGGGAGAGGGUCAGCUAUGUCCUCCUGAGGAAACACCGUCACCAAACCAAGAAGCCCAUCCACCGCUCCUUGGUCGACAUUGGAAAGUCCGUCUCCUCCACCACCAGUCGCAGCCCAGCCCGGAGCCCAGCAGCUGGCCCAAGCCUCCACCGCUCCACCGAGGACCUGAGGAUACGGCAAAGUGCCAGUUAUGGCCGGCUGUGUCACACCCAGAGCAGAAGCAUGAAUGAUAUUUCUCAUACCCCAAACACAGACCAGCGGAAAAACAAAUUCAUGAAGAAGAUCCCUAAGGACUCAGAAGCCUCCAACGUGCUUGUGGGUGAGGUGGACUUCCUGGACCAGCCGUUCAUCGCCUUUGUGCGCCUUAUCCAGUCAGCCAUGUUGGGAGGAGUGACCGAGGUGCCUGUCCCCACCAGAUUUCUGUUCAUACUGCUCGGACCUUCUGGGAGAGCAAAAUCCUACAAUGAAAUUGGCCGCGCCAUUGCAACCCUUAUGGUAGACGAUCUCUUCAGUGACGUGGCCUAUAAAGCCCGGAAUCGGGACGAUCUGAUAGCAGGGAUUGAUGAGUUUCUGGAUGAGGUCAUCGUCCUUCCCCCUGGAGAAUGGGACCCAAAUAUCCGAAUUGAGCCCCCCAAGAAGGUGCCCUCUGCUGAUAAGAGGAAAUCUGUAUUCUCGCUUAUGGAGCUAGGCCAGAUGAACGGCUCUGCAGGGGGAGGCGGCGGGGCGGCUGCGGGAGGCAGCGGCGGAGGCGGUGGCAGCGGCGGCGGGGCCGGCGGAGGGAGCAACGGGGACGACGGAGAGAUGCCAGCCGUGCACGAAAUCGGAGAAGAGCUUAUCUGGACGGGAAGGUUCUUCGGUGGCCUGUGUCUGGAUAUCAAGAGGAAGCUGCCCUGGUUCCCAAGUGACUUCUAUGACGGCUUCCACAUCCAGUCCAUCUCUGCCAUCCUAUUCAUCUACCUCGGCUGCAUCACCAAUGCAAUCACCUUUGGUGGGCUCCUGGGGGAUGCCACUGACAAUUAUCAGGGAGUGAUGGAGAGCUUCCUGGGCACUGCCAUGGCCGGCUCCUUGUUCUGCCUCUUCUCGGGACAGCCUCUCAUCAUCCUCAGCAGCACAGGGCCCAUCCUCAUCUUUGAGAAGCUCCUCUUCGACUUCAGCAAAGGCAAUGGUCUGGACUACAUGGAGUUCCGCCUCUGGAUUGGCCUCCACUCAGCCAUCCAGUGCCUUAUCCUGGUGGCCACAGACGCCAGCUUUAUCAUCAAGUAUAUCACCCGCUUCACUGAAGAGGGCUUCUCCACCCUCAUCAGCUUCAUCUUCAUCUAUGAUGCCAUCAAGAAAAUGAUUGGUGCCUUCAAGUACUACCCCAUCAAUAUGGACUUUAAGCCUGACUCCAUCACCACCUACAAAUGCGAGUGUGUCGCCCCUGACACAGUGAAUACAACCGUGUUCAAUGCUUCAGCCCUGCCGACACCAAACACCAACACUUCUCUGUACAACUCCCUUAACCUCACAGCCCUGGACUGGUCUCUGCUGAGCAAGAAGGAAUGUCUGAACUACGGUGGGCAGCUGCUCGGGAAUUCCUGCCAGUUCAUCCCAGACCUGGCACUCAUGUCCUUCAUCCUUUUCUUCGGGACGUACUCCAUGACCCUGACCCUGAAGAAGUUCAAAUUCAGCCGCUAUUUCCCUACCAAGGUCCGGGCCCUGGUAGCUGACUUUUCCAUUAUCUUCUCCAUCCUGCUGUUCUGUGGAAUUGAUGCCUGCUUCGGCCUGGCGACCCCCAAGCUGCACGUGCCCAGCGUCAUCAAGCCCACGCGGCCUGACCGAGGCUGGUUCGUGGCCCCCUUUGGGAAGAACCCAUGGUGGGUGUACCUGGCGAGCGUCCUGCCCGCCCUGCUGGUGACCAUCCUGAUCUUCAUGGACCAGCAGAUCACCGCCGUCAUAGUCAACCGGAAGGAGAAUAAGCUGAGGAAGGCUGCCGGCUACCAUCUGGACCUGUUCUGGGUGGGCGUCCUCAUGGCCCUGUGCUCCUUCAUGGGGCUCCCCUGGUAUGUGGCAGCCACUGUCAUCUCCAUCGCCCACAUUGACAGCCUCAAGAUGGAGACAGAGACCAGUGCCCCUGGGGAGCAGCCCCAGUUCCUGGGAGUCAGGGAGCAAAGAGUGACUGGCACCAUCGUCUUCAUCCUGACGGGCAUCUCUGUCUUCCUGGCUCCCAUCCUGAAGUACAUUCCCUUGCCAGUGCUGUACGGAGUCUUCCUCUACAUGGGCGUGGCCUCCCUCAACGGCAUCCAGUUCUGGGAACGCUGCAAGCUCUUCCUCAUGCCGGCCAAGCACCAGCCAGACCACGCCUUCCUGCGGCACGUGCCCCUGCGCCGGAUCCACCUCUUCACGCUGGUGCAGAUCCUCUGCCUGGCGGUGCUCUGGAUCCUCAAGUCCACGGUGGCCGCCAUCAUCUUCCCGGUCAUGAUCCUGGGCCUAAUCAUCGUUCGAAGACUUCUGGACCUCAUCUUCUCCCAGCAUGAUCUGGCCUGGAUUGACAACAUCCUUCCAGAAAAGGAGAAGAAGGAGACAGAUAAAAAGAAGAGAAGGAAAGGGGCCCAUGAGGACAGUGACGAGGAGGAAAAAGAUCUUCCAGUUGGAGUUACUCAUUCUGAUUCGUCCUUCAGUGACUCAGAACUCGACCGAAGUAUCACGUUGCACUUCAGAAUUUCCUGUCCAGCUUCGCCUGCUUUCAACUAUUCACAGAGCCCAGUGUUCAUGGUGCCACAGGUGAAGAUAGAGAUGGAGUCCGACUGUGACCUCACAGACGUGGACAAAUACGGAAGAGAGACUGACGGCGAGACCACCCUCUAGGAUGCAGCUGCCCCUGGACAGGGCUUCAUCUUCACUGUGGGAGGACACAGUUGCAUCUUCCCUGUGAGGCCUGGGUCAGGCCCUUGAACUUCUCUGAGCCGGUUUCCCUAUUUGCUGAGCAGACGGAGUCAUUCCACUUGCUAGGAAACUGAUAUAUGGGUGAAAACUACUACUUACGUGCAAAGCUGUCUCCUUCUUUCUGUAGUUAUAAAAAAACAACCAAUAUAAACAUAAUACCUUAUUUUAAAAUGCAGUCCAGGAUAGAAAUUAAAACACUUCUUGAAAUGAAAACGAUUCUUGCCUCCCAAAAUAUAGCUAAGAUAAAGGGAGCAAUAGUAAAUUUUCAUUGAAACAAAUACCAGUUCGAUUUUUUUUUUAAGCUUAGAUUUUUAAAGUAUCUAGAAGGUCUUGAAAAAAACCAUUAAAAUGCUCAUACUUCAACAGACCAAAGUUGGAAAAUUUGUUCUGCAACUUGACAUACUAAGAAAUACAUAAAAUGCCCUAUCUCAUCUUCCCAUCUCAUGCAGCUUUUUAAAGCUCCUACAGCAAGUCUGCACCACCUGCAUGGGCUCUAGGCCCAGGGCCAGGACAGAAGUAUGACUGGAGCUUCCCCAGACUGAAAAGCCAGUGCCCAAAGUCUACUAAUGGAAAACCAAUGCAUGAGAGCGGGCAAAUGUUUUCAAAAUAAAAUUGUUCUUGUUAAAAUGAAACUCCCAACCACAUUAUGUCCACAAAAUGAUCCUUUAAAUUAUCACUGGUUUUAUCCUUUAAAGUAUCACUGGUUUUUCACAACCAGAAUAAGACUUCUUUCUACUCUCGGCUUGGUCCUUCCUCCAAGUUUCCAAUGACCUUGCUCCCAAAGUCAAACUCCCAUCCACAGGACCCCUGCAUGUUAGGCAGUGCUAAUGUAAAAUAUUAGAUUAUAACUUUGCAGUAUUAGAUUAGUACUUUAAGGGCGCCUGGGUGGCUCAGUGGGUUAAAGCCUCUGCCUUCGGCUCAGGUCAUGAUCCCAGCGUCCUGGGAUC